UCUCUCUCUCUCUCCUUCUCUGUCCUUCUGUUUGCACUGCUACCUAUUUUUAUUUAUUUUUAUUUUUGGAUUUUCUCUGGAAUUUCUGUCACUACGAUGCUCGUGCUUCUCUGCCUUUCGCUUUCGUUUUGAUUGAAGAGGGGAAAAUUGAACGAGGAAUCGAGACGAUCUCUAACCCUAAAAAGGUUUAAUAGCCGCGGUUGCUAGGUUUUCUGAUUGAACAAAGUAAUUGAAGAUUUAUUUUAUUUGGGAAAAUUGAGGAAUUGUUCGAAAUAAUUUGGGGCUGAAUAAAAAGAGGGGAAAAUGGGAAAAGUGUCUCCAAAAGAAAGGAAUUCGAAGAAGGCCAAACAGAAAAAGCGACGAGGCUCAGGUAACAAGUAUCUGAAGCCGGGUGCUCUUGCUCAGCUUAAGCAUAGCAAGACCUCUUCAGCUAAGUCGUGCACCGAUCUUGGGAGGAAGCGGGUGGCUGUCUUGGAGACCAAGAAGGUUAAGGGCGAUAUGGUGCUUGAGGAUAGGGCUAUUGAUAAAAGCCCUUUGAUGUUGUCGCCUGUGAAUUUGGUUAGACAGAAUAGUUUGUUGAAAACUCCAAAGACCCCUCGAACUGAAGAUUGCGUGUCGGAGUCCCGGCUUGAAUCUCUCCCCAUGGAUUUGCUGGUUAAAGUAUUGUGUCACUUGCACCAUGACCAACUGAAGGCAGUUUUUCAUGUCUCUCAACGAGUUAGAAAAGCUGUUUUACUUGCAAGGCAGUUCUAUUUUAAUUAUACAACUCCAGAUCGCUCUAGACAGGAGAUGUUAAAUACAAUGACACCCCACCCUACAGAGCACUGGCCUUUUUUAAGCAAGGGAGAUGGGAAAGGCAUAUUCAUUCGAAGCCCCCAUACUCCAAAAGCACCAAGGCAUGGCCCCCGACCACCAUCUCGCCUCAAAGUCUCGGAAAUGCGGCAGGUUGCAGCAGUUCUCUUCCAGGAGUCAAACUUCCCUUCAAGAUGCAUGGUCCCUUCUGUGUUACCAAAGCCCCUCUGCAAAUCAUUGGCUUCGAAUCGAGUUUUGUUCUAUGAGGACGAAUUAUGUCAGGCUGUUGCUCAGAAUAAACUUCUUUAAGCUGGUUGCCUCAUGUUUUCUACAUGUAUAUAGUUCAUCUCCCGUAUCUAUAAAUUUCGUGGUCAGGUAGGAAGUAGCAGUUUUGUAGAGUUGCUUGGGCCAGUUUAGGAGAUAUGGAAUGGAACCUCAUAUUUUGAAUUAGGAGGUAAAAGAAUUCAGAUCACGGUUGUGGGAUAGUUUUUAAUUUUUAAAACUGGUUACUUGUAUAUUUCCUAUAUGUGUUUCGAAACAAUGGCUGGUUGUUUUCUCAGCAAUAUCAUUUCUAUUUU